AUGGCUCCUGGACAAAGUCGCAGUGUCUUUGUGGGCAAUAUUCCCUUCAAUCUGAGCGAGGAGAACAUUGUCAAGAUACUCAGUCAAGUUGGCACGGUUGUCAAGUUCAGGCUGAUGACAAAUCCCGAUACGGGCAAAUCUAAGGGAUUCGGCUUCGCAGACUUCCAGGAUGCUGACCAGGCGGCCAGCGCGGUCAGGAACUUGAACGAUUUCGAGAUCGACGGCCGCAAGAUCCGCGUCGACUGGCCUCACAACAACGAGAAAGACUCGGUGCCAACAAAUUACGACCAGACUCCCGGUCCUGGGGUGGACGGACUCCAACAAACAGCGGCCAGCGCCCUCCCUCCUCUGCCUCCAGGUACUGAUCUUCCUCCGAACCUCAGGGCCACCGACGCCAUUUCACAGACCCUUGCUACGCUUCCGCCACCACAGCUACUCGAUGUCCUCACUCAGAUGAAGGCGCUUGCCAUCUCAGAUCCUGCAAGGGCCACGUCGCUUCUUAAGACCGCGCCACAACUCUCUUACGCCAUAUUCCAGGCUCUCAUCUUGAUGAAUCUCGUGGAUCCCAAAGUAUUGGCACAAGUCGUCGAACAAGCUGCCAGACCACCUCAGCCGGCCAGCAUUCCUCCACCGCAGCCCACUCCACAGCAGUAUCCUGGCUUUCCGCCGCCCAUGGUAGCCGGCCAAAUGCCUCCCAGACCUCAGCAAUAUCCACCUACAACGAUGCAACAACCACCUCAACAGCCUCCCACCCAACCUCAGCUGUCUCAUCAAGAGAUGAUCCAACAAGUCCUGGCCAUGGAUCAGAGGACUAUUGAUUCCUUUUCUCCGACCGAGAGGGCACAAAUCAUGCAGAUAAGAGCAUCGAUGGGAGUUAGAUGA